UGGUUUCGCGCGCUCGGCUCGCCCGCUCGGCGCCUUGCGUGUUUUAGGUUAGGUUUUUAACAUCCCUUAAAAAAGAAAUCUCAACUAAAAACUAUCUUUAAUCCAGUUGAUAAAGUGAACAAAUAUUAAUAUCAUCUUCAAAUAAGUAUACGAGAAUUGUAAUAGCUGCUGUAUCUUCUAUCAAACACUAUAUAACUUCUUGCAUUGGCCGAAUGUAAACAAAGAAAAAAGCUGAAAAAACAAUUAGUGUCAUAAAAAGUGUCAAUUGAAUAGUUUAUUAGAAAAUUGGAGAUUUUCUAACAAGAAUAUUUCAUGUCUUAUUGGUAAAUAAUGUGGAGGAGGGAGUCUUAUUUCUCACAGUACGUAAGCCCUAAUAUAGUAAUUGUGCCAACUGUGUCUUUCGGCCCCCCUGAAGCAAAUGUUAAAGCCAGCGACCCCAUUACAAACCCACCUAAUUGUGAACAAACAAAUCCAAAGGAUUGUAACAGUAACCUUGUGUCGGAGGAAACGAUUUUGUGCAAAGAUAACGUGACAUCUGUUGAUAUGAACCCCAGACCGAAAGCUAUUGAAAGUACCAGGGCUUCAGAUAAUAUUCAGAUCUCGCCAGUUAGAAUACCAAGACAAAAAUCUCCAGAAGUUCCAUCAUAUCAUACGAGUCCAAGACUCAAAGAGUUCACAACAGCUCAAUAUAAGUCACGGAAUAGAUUAGUCGAUUUUACAGGAUUCAACAGACUGAAAUGGGACCGAGGGCAUCCCUCGUCCGAAUAUAGAGAUUCAAGACGAAGAGAUACUUACUACGAAUCAGAUACAAUGAUGAGUGACAGGGAAACUGAUUACCGAAAGAGUUCAGAAAAAUAUACUACUAAAUCGCUCAAAAUGAUAGAUAAAGAACCAACAAAAAGGGUAAAGCCCUCAAGUAUUCAGAGUAAAAAGAAAGUUGAAAACAUUACAAAAAGUGAUGAAAUCGAAUCUGAUAUGACGGAGAAAAUGAAAAAAUGUUUCAAAGAACUUUGGAAACGGAACCUCGAGAAGUUAAAAGCAAAAUCUGCAAAAGAGAAACGUGAAAAGCUGAAACGCAGUAAAGAGCAUUCGAAGACUCUCAAACCAGAACCUGUUCGCAGUAAGUCACAUCUCGAAGGUGUUACAAAAAAUACUACCUCAAAAAACAUUAGAAAUAAGAUAUUAGAUAAAUCAAAGAAAAAACAUGACUUGGAAAGAAGUAGGUCUGAAGAAUUCAAAAAGUCGAGAAGCGUAACUAAUGCUACCCGUACAGCAGACUCAAAAGACAGUAAAAUAUAUUUAAGUCCAAUUUCUAUGAAAAGGUAUCAAGAUUUUCAGGAAUUUAUUCGUCAGAAUGAUAAUAAUGACGAUGAAAACAAAAAUAGAACUAAGCACGAUGAAAAAAAGAAACCAGACCGGGUUUAUAAAAAGAAAAUAAGUACGAAAUCUUGUGAAACUAUUACAAAGACGAAAUCAGAUACUAAAACAAAGGUGAUUGAACGUAAAGAAGUCUUUAAGAAAGAAACCACGAAAAAGGAGCGUCACACUGAAAUUGCCAGCACUAGCCAGAAUAAAAUUGAUAGAGUAAAACCGAUCAAAAGCGUCGUUCAAACAAACAAUCUUUCGCAAAAAAGGUUUGCUAACGUGGAAGAAGAUCUCAGAUUUAGACUUUCUCGUAAAAGAUCAAAAAGCGAUUAUGAGACAAGUUCCACUCAACAAUCUGGAGACACUAAAACUGACCAAGAAAAGGAGAAAAUAAGACUGAACCAAGACGCUAAGGCUGAUUCGAAAAUAUCAAAAGUAGAUAAACCUAAGAAAAAGAAGGUGAAAUUAAUAAUAAUUAAUAUAGAAUGUCCAGAUUCCGAUGACUCUGAGGAUCGAAAUUCCAGUGAGUCACCUCAGGAUUUAAGUUUCCUUGACGACAUAAACGUAGAUGAGAUCGUUGAUUCAUUAAAUGAUGGCCAAAUACAAGUAGAGCAAAACGUCAACGAACAAAGUUCGGCAGCUAACGCAAUGUUACUUAUAAAAGAUAAGACAAAUGAAUAUGAUCAUAAAAACGAAUUCAUUGAAGGAACAGAGGUAGAAAGCAGCAUGAACAUUGAUGAUAAAGAGGAAAUUAUUGAAAUAAAGGAAGACGAAAGGUCUGAAGAUGAAGAAGUUAUUUCAAUAGAUUCGGAUUCUAAUCCAAAAGAUGGAGAUUUAUUUGUUAAGAACGGAUCUAGUGCCAAGAAAAACCUCCAGGAAGAACAAGUGAUGAAAACUAGCUCACAUAUAAAUAAAAAUAUUAAACAAAGGUCAAGUAAAAUAACCGAAUCAACUAUAAAACGGUUCCAAGUGAACGUCCAUCAAAAUGUGGAUAAAAGCAACGAAACCAAAACCAGUGUUUCGGAGGUGAUAACAAUCGAGGACGAUAGUAUAGAUUCUGAAAAUACUUCAACGGCAAAUAAUUCAAAAUAUUUUGAAUCCAAUAAAAGUGAAUCCAAAGUCGAUCAAAUAUUGGAACUACUAACAAGAUCUACUAAAAGAAGGCUAGCUACAGAAAUAACAAACAAGUCUCAAAGCAGCGCUAGCACAAGUGGCAUCAAAAAAUCUAAAUCCUUUCACAAGUGUAGAGAUGCAAAUCGAGAAAAUAUGGCCGCGCAAAAUCAUUCCGAAAGCAAAGUCGAUGACAAUGGUAUAUUAAGUGCAUCGGAAAAGCCUUCCAUACAGGCAAAAAUGAAUCAACUAAGAGGUUCUAUUAAUGAUGUAACAGCUCAACAAGUAUCGGCUUCCGCUAAUAAUACAAAAGCUGAAAAUAUCCAAGUAUGUCAUUCUAGCGAUCCAGUUGAAGCAUCUCUUGAAAGUAUGUUCAAUGGCAAGAAAAGAAAGACUAGUGAGAAGCAAAUACCGAACGAAGCUAAUAAUACAUCGGUUGAGAAGGUAAAGGAUCAUUUGUAUAAAUCCAACGAGAGUGUGGAAACAUCCCUUUCAAAGAUGUUCAGUGACAACAAACAAGUAGACCUCAUUAAUAAGGUCAUUGAAGAACCAAAUUUGACAGAAAAAUAUAUGAAGAAAGAAGCUUCUGAUAAUGCUGACCAAAUGCUUGAUCUAAAUGCAAACAUACGAGUAGAACAAAUAAACGCAGAACACCCAGAAGUAAUACCAAAAACAGCAGAAAAUAAUACCGUACAAAAGUUUACAAGAGCGUCAAAUUCCGAUCCAUUAUCGCAGAAUAUUGUUAGUAAAACUACUAAAAAAGCAGUAAUACAAUUUCCAAAAUCUCUAGCAAGUGAAAAUAAAAAGGCAGUCCACAAUGCGGGUAAAGAACACUUGAGCCAAUCUGUCGAAAAUUUUAAUAAGGCUAAAGGUAAUAUGCAUUUAAAAACACUUAAAGAACCCCAAAGAACUCCAACCAAAGGAAAUGAAAUUAAGACUAAUCCUGUUGUAAAACCACCAGAAAAUAAUAACAAAAACAUUGGAAAAGUUAUACAAAAUGAUAAAAAUGUUGUAGAAAAAACCCCGAAAAAAACUAAAUCUACCCCGCAAACGGUAAAACAACAUACCCAAAAUCAAAGUAACAAGCCUAAAGAAUUAGCAAAACUGAAGGACUCAGUAAAAAACCCGCAUGAUGUAUCAUCUAAAAGUUGUGGGAAGACUAUAGCUAAAAUAGACAUUAAAGCUUCGGAUAAGAGGGAGAAAAUUAAAAGUAAUACAACAGAAAAUGUGCCAACGUCAAAUCAACAAAUAUCUGCGAACGAUCGCGGUAUAAAAGAUAAAGAGCUAACUAGCACGAAUAAAAAAUCCACCAAAAUAGUAGUGAAUCUUUUACAAAAACAAAUAAAUAAGGAAUUAAAAAAUCCUAACAAUCAAUGUGAGAAAAAGGAACCUUCUAACAUUAAAGAUGCACAAGCGAAAAACAAAGCAGAAACAAAUGUUACCAAUAAGACAGAACACUUACAAAAGACAACCGGUUCUAAUAAACCUGUUGAAAAAACAGCUAAUGCAACAAAGGAGAUUCAUAUAGCUGAAAACCCCUCUGUCAAAUCAUGUGUGAGCAGUGAAUCAGAAUCCAAUAACUCUACUGUCAAUAAAGCUGGUGCUUCCUCAAACAGUAACAAACAGGACACCAAAAAGAAAAAUGAACCCAAAGAAACUUAUACUAAAGCCAAAGAUAGUGCUCCACUGAAAGUUCAAAAGCAAGAGGAAGUUAAAAAUGAUAUUCAAUCCAAAAAUGCAAAUGAAGAAUUGUCGAAAAACUAUAAUACGAAUAAGGAAAUCCCGUCAGGCACAAAUUCUGCCAUGGUCAAAAAAGCAAAUAAUGAUCAAAUUACUAAAACAAGGGUUCUUAUUGCAGAUAGCAAAAAUAAAUCAUUAGAAAAGGAUAAAAACGACACUCAAAAGCCGAGCGCGGGUAAUAAUUUAUCAAAAGCAAACAGUACCGCAAUUAAAGUCCCUAAUAAAACUGGUGAAGUUAUUAAACGUGACGAAAAUGUGCCUAAUUCGAAUAAAAAAGAAGAAGCGAAGGUAAAUACUGCUGCAGAGGCCCAACAGAAAAAAGAUGAUAUAGGAAAGAAACUCGCAAAAAAAGCUGAUAAUCUAUUUAAAAAGAGAGCAGAAACUGUACUGUGCCAAAACUUAAAUACUCGAACUGAGCUGUUACAUACGAUUCAGAACGGAAGAUUCUCCGCAAUACACAAGUGCAGCGAUACUAAUGGUAACACUUACGCCCUUAAAGUUAUGAGGGAACCAUUUCACAAUAUUGGACCAGAAAUUGAAUAUAUGUUAUUUGGACUGCAAGCACACUGUCCCAUGGAUAUACCUGUUGUGCAUUUAAUCUGCACCUUUGAAGUGAUGAAUCAGUAUUGUUUGCUAACCGAGUUUUAUCCCAAAAACCUUGUCCAAGCACUCCAGGAGAACCAACGAGGCUUUAAUAUUAAUUUAGUACAAAUUUUGUCCAAGCAGUUAGUUGACGCUGUGAAUAUGUUGACCGUCAACAAUAUCGUACAUGCGGACAUAAAACCAGGACAUAUUCUGCUAAACAGCUCAAAUGACAAACUGAAACUGUGUGGCUUCGAUAGAUCCGGUUACUACGAUAGUAUUAAAAUUUAUCCGAGCACAGGGACCUGUAGUUAUCGGGCCCCUGAGAUCAUUCUAGGCUUUCCAGAAUACCAAAGAAUUGACGUAUGGUCGACAGCAUUAAUUAUGUUUAAGAUGGCGACGAAUACUGAUCUGUUUUCCGGAAUAUACAAUAACGAGAUAAUAUACCAACAUUUAUGCACGCUAGGCAGCUUCGACUGCGGAAUGGUUGAGGAAUCAAAAUUCAAACAUCGUUUCUUUGACAAGACAAGUUUCAAGCUGAGAACCGGCCCUGCAUAUGAUGACAUGGUGUUGAUCCAUAUUUUCCAAGAAAGCGACAGGCUGCGCCAACAAUUGUUCUCGACAUACGUUAGGGAUUGGGAGCAGAGCUGCACUUGGUGGCAGAUGACCAAUGACCUGGAUAAACUGGAAAGUCUUCACGCACUGUUGGCACAAAUGUUGGAGCUGGACCCAAGGCACAGAUUGCCAAUACAAUUUGUUGCCGUCAGCGAAUUCCUUAACAACUUCUCAUUAAGAAACUUUUAAAUAUCAGAAAUCGAUCAUGCAGCUAUUGUUUUUUUUUUUUUCAUGUGAGUUCCUAAUAAUGUUAAGUUAGUAUUUAAGUUGAUUGUUAUAUUUUCGUAAGAGUCGCACGAAAUGUUCAAACAAAUCAUAGUUGUUAUUUAAG